AUGGAGCCAAACAACAGAACAAAACAUACGGUAACAGAAUUCCUCAUCACAGGAUUGGAUGAAGUACAACACCCAAAGCUGGUGGGAGCAGCCAUUUUGUUCAUCCUCUUUCUCAUUCUGAUCGGAAGCAUCACUAACAUUUGUGUCAUAGCAUUCAACAAGCCUCUGCAUACCCCCAUGUACUUUUUUAUUUGCUCGCUGGCAGUGGUAGACAUAGUCUACACCAGCGGCAUUAGUGUUACAAUGCUUAACGUUCUCCUUGCCUUAGUAAGAGCAGCAUGUGUGAAUCCUGCAUAUUAUUUCAACGCAAUAUCUGCUGUGGGGACUGCUAUAUUAUGGGUUAAUUUAGCCUUGAUAUUCUUCUCAUACAUGAAGAUAGUUUAUGUAGUGAUACAAAUGUCUUCAUCCAAAGACAGGAUGAAAACAUUUAACACCUGUGUCUCCCACAUGAUAGUGGUGGCUUGCUUCUUUAUCCCCAAGGUGUUGUUAAUGAGAUUCGAGGGCGCCUGA